CCACCUUUAAUGUUUCUGUAUAUUAAAGAGCACAAGGCUAAGGACUUUAAUCUGCAAAGUGAGCAAACUGACGUGAAGAUGGUUAGAAUCAUCAAAAACAUGGAGGAAGUCCAACGUGCACUCCAAGAAUCUGGUGAGAAACUUGUGGUAAUUAAGUUUUUUGCACAAUGGUGUGGCAACUGUAGAAGAAUUGCCCCAGAAUUUGAAAAGCUAAUUCGUGAUUAUCCUGGCACUGUGUUUUGCCAAGUAGAUGUGGAUGAUGCAUCAAUUCUGUCUCAACAAUAUCAAAUCCGAUCUGUGCCAACAUUCAUUUUCUACAAGGGUCUGCAAAAGAUUGAAGAGUUCACUGGCGCUGAUGCAAUGAAACUAAGGAAUUCAGUUCAGAUGUUCUGCUGAACCGUCAAUGUUUACAGAACUAUUUCCAAAUAUAAUGCUUAUUUCUUUAUCUGUUUUUCUCAGAAAACAUUUGACUUCUUGUAUAAGUGUAUACAUCUGUCUGAUAUUGGCAAAAAAAAAUUAAUUAUAUAAUAUAUUUAUAAUAUAUAUUAUAUAUAUUUAUUAAGAUUGUGGCAAACAAUUGUGUUGAAAAAGCAGUGGUGUUCAUCCAUUGCUGCUAUUUAUAUUUUUUCCCUAAGUUUUAAUGGCUUGUAAAAAAAAAGUGUUUAAAAAUACGGGUAUUGGAUCCGUUAUAUGGAAACCUGUUAUCCAGAAAGCUCUGAAUUACAGAAAGGCCAUCUCCAUUUUAAAUCAAAUAGUUCAUAUUUUUAGAAUGGAUUUUUUUUUCUCUGUAAUAAUAAAACAGUAGCUUAAACUUGAUCCAACCCAAGAUAAUACAUUCUUAUUUGAUGCAAAACAAUUCUAUUGGGUUUAUUUAAUGUUUAAAUUCAUUUUAGGGAGACAAUUACGGAAAGAUCCCUCAUCUGGAAAACCCAGGUCCAGAGCUUUCUGGAUAAUAGGUCCCAUACCUUUACAGCAUUUGGUCAGAAAAUACACACCCUUAGAGCCAUAGCACACAGAAAGUUGUUGCCUGUGGUUAAAUCAUCCGAAGGUGCAAAGUUAUCACCGUUACAAAUAGACCAUUUUUCUGAUGUAAAUAAUUUUACACAGUUUGACAAAUAAUGUGCAACUGUCACUGCAAUUAAAGGGGAGCUAU